GCGAUGAGUGGACCGCACGUCAAACAGACGACAUCACCGUACUCUUGGUGGGACAGACCGGACAUGGAAAAAGCGCCACUGGAAACAGCAUUCUGGGCAAGAAGGCUUUCGUGUCUAAGUUAUCGCCUGGAUCCGUCACAGGCGCAAUCGAACGAGCGGUUGCUGUACGGAAUGGGCGUCGAAUAGAAAUUGUAGAUAGUCCUGGAUUUGCUGAUACAUCUAAAGGAAAAGAGUUUGUAAGGAAGAGUCUAACACAAGCUGUUUACCAGACGCUACCUGGCUUUAACGCAAUUAUAUUCGUCUUGUAUCCAGAUAGGUUCACUGAUGAACUGGUCAAAACGGUGAAUCUUUUCUUUGAGUUCUUCGGAAAAUGUGUUGGGAAAUUUGCAUUUAUUUUGUUCACACAUAUUAAAUCAAAAGAGAAAAUGAAUGAAUAUAUAAACAAUGCUGCAGAAAAUCCAACGGGCAACGUGACGGUACUGUUGGAUCUAAUAGAAAAGUGCGAGAGCAGGGUUAUGUACAUCGACAACGAAAUGGAGAACGAAAAGAUUCAAGUAAUGAUUGACGAUAUUAUAAGUACAAUAGAUGCCAACACAGUUCGCAUAGGACAAGACUAUUUCACUAACCAAAUGUUUCAGGAGGCAAUGAAAUAUGCAGACCAGGUCCUUGCAAAUGUUGACAUUAGCAAGAUUAAAAGGCAGCUAAGUGGAAGUUCAAAUACAAUAGAAGAAACUAAAAACAUGAAUAUACCUGAGCCAGCUGACACUACUGAGACGGCGAUCAAAGCCAGUACAGAUGAAAACGAACAGAACGUGCGUCGCCUGCGCCAAAAGUUUGAAUCGAAUGCAGCAGAAACGGGGAUGUUGAGUCGAGAACGUCUUAAUACUGAGACUUGGAAAAGUACAGGAGACUUGCGAAAACGAUUCAGUACAGCUUCAUUUGAGGAAGUGGGUAAAGCUAUCGAAGCAAAGGAUGAACCACAGCCGAAUAAUGACCAUCGGAUGUCAGUUGAAACAUCAUCGCGUGAUGAUGAAUCGCUUAAAAAAGAAAACAGUUCGGAAAAUGAAACCACACCUCGAUCCAGACGAAGCUUUCAUCAAAGUCUUAACAUGAAACUACAAGACGGCUGGCAACGUGCAAAUCGAGACAAAGAAGUCGUAAAUUCGAGUGACUUCGAGCAAUAUGAUGCUGAGCCACUUGAAGUCCCUGGCCGGAAAUACGAUCAAUUUAAGGACGACCUCCAGGCAAAUAAUAAAUCAUUCGACCGAGCAUUUAAUGCAAUUGAAAAUUGGUUCGAUCGUCGAAUUAAAGAAUUAUCAAACUUUUUUUAACAUGCGAACAUCAAGUUUUAUACUUUGUUUGGUGAUUAUUUGAUAUAGCUCCGUUAAAAUGUAUUCAAAGGAAACGAGAAAAAACAAUAUGCAUUUCUUAAUUGCCCCAUUAGAUAUAUGAAUUAAUAACUUUUUAAUUUGCAAAUUUUGACUACAAUAUAUACGAAGAAUAAGCAAAAUAUAAUUAUAUUAACUAAUAAACGGACUGUAUAACGCAUAUCCCUUUCUUCAAAUCCUAUUUUAACUUAUAAGUCCAUCAAGCGUAACAAAUUUUGUUUUCAGAGUCACCUGAAAAUCAAUCUCGCAAAAUCAAAAAACCAAUUUCUCUUCCAUCUUGCCAGAGAAGUAGAUAACUACGUCUCUGAUCUUGCUAAUAGGCCAAACAUAAAAUGUAUUUCGUUCCCCAAAACAUCUCCAACAAUGUGGUAUAAAGGUCGGCUAGACUGUUUUGAUAUUGUGUAUGAUACACAGAUAUUACCUUCUCAACAAGAAUAUGUAAUGAUGAACGUCCAUACAUCUUUUAAAUUUAUAUUCACCAUUAUUGAUUGAGUUAUUUUUAGUUUAUGUGUAGUAAAUUUAGUUGAUAUGAUCGAAUUUAGCAAAGUUAUUGCAAACUCAAUAAUUUAUUCAUCAAUAUAACAUAAUGUAACAACAAUGAUCGAACUAAACCUGGAAUACAAAUAAAACCUUUUAGAAUCGGUUUAAAAACAGAGUCGGUCAGGUUCAUAUUUGUUUUACGCUUAUUGAGACUAUGUUUUUUUAAAGAGGGUUUUGCAUGAAUUAUAUUAAAGGACCAACGUAAUAUGUUAGUUGAGCGUUUAGCCCUGACGUGACGCAUCCGAUCCCAACGCGCUUACUAUGUCUAUAUCUCAAAAGUUGUCGUUUGGUAAAAUGCUUCCUGCCGAAAAAUAUUUGUACUGCAACCUUAAUCGAUUAUGAACAAAGACGAACUACUUUUUAAAUGUGAUAUAGUUUGAUUCCUUGCAAAAGCCCAUAAAUAUCGGUUUAAAAUUUCUAUCAUAAUUAGCAUCUGCUUUGUAAUAAGAUAUGUUUAUAAACAAUACACACACACUCUCCAACUUAUAUUUGUUGUAAAUGAUUUCAAUUCACCACUUUUAGAAAUCAGUCAGAAUAAGUUAAUAGUAGUAAAUAUUUGGGUAAUGUACCGGCUAAUUAAGUAUUCUAGCAACAUAAUGUGAAAGAUGAUUUUUAUACAUUAUCGCAAGGCAACGAAAUGGCCAACAGACAGACAGACCAUCCGACCGACCAACCAUCGGACAGUUGACCAACAAUAUACCAUAACAGCUUUUAUCUGCUAUAG